GUAUUUGAAGGGUAAGAAGGACGGAAGGACUUUUGCGCUGCACGCGGUUGCGUUGGAUAGCGGCCUUCUCAAUGCGCUGACCCCGUCGACGCAUAUUAUUCUCCCUCUCGCCACCAAAACCUGUUUCUUUCGUUGAAUCCGGAAAAAGGAAAAGGGAAAUACGACACAAAGACGCAGUGGCACCCAACAAUGCUCUCGCGCAUUUUAAGAACGCACCUGGCAACUGGUGCAGCGUGUGCGUCGCGUGCUGUCGCCUCACCGUUAACCCGCACCGCAGCGCUACGUACCGUAGCGGGCAGCACCAGCAGCCGCAUUCGUGCGACAGCGACCGCGAGCAGCGUUCACGUGCUGACAUCGAAACGCUUCGUCCAGUUUGAGCAGACAAGUGAAACGAUGCAGGGUAUCAACACUAACAAGCGCGCCCUGCACAACCGGUGGGUGACGAAGAGCACCAAGGAGUACAUGAGUGAGGCGGACUCCAAGACCAGCAAAGGGAGCACGACUGUUUUUUCAAAGAACCGCGAGCAGCGGAGGGAGGCAUUAGCGCGCCGCAAAGAGCGCUUUCGUGAAGUGACGGACGAGACGGACCGCAUCUUCGAUCUGGAGAUGGACCGCAUCCGUGAUGACCAGAGCCGACGAUUCAAGAAAGGCUUUAACUUUUUCAAGCGGCAGGGCAAGGCUUUUACCCUGCUCUAUCUUUUUGCCUACUUUGGUACACUGGGUGUUCUCUACCUCGGCUUUGCCUCCGGUCUGCUGCACAAGGAGGCCGCCUUUGAGUUUAUGUUCCUGUUCCUCGGGCAGUACCUAGAUCGCGAAAUGUUCUUUCAGCGUGUGGAGGCGUGGGACACGUACACCAAUUUGGGCUUUGCUUUUGUCAUCAAUGAGCUGCUGGAGUUCAUUCGUUUCCCGUUAGUGAUGUUUUUCUUUUAUCAAGCCCGACCCUAUUUGACGGGCGUGAACCAGCGUGUGAAGUCGUCGAUCUUCCGCUUUUGGUCUCCAGAGUCCUAA